AAAGGUAACAGGAAGCAAUUCGAGUUUAACGCCAGGCUACAAAGUCCUCUCUCCAGAAUUAAGAACAACGCUGACGACCCAAGUCAGGUAAAUACUUUGGUUCAGGAAGCUGAGCAAAUUAUUCGCAAGAGGCUAGCCUGCGUAGCAAGCGUUUCCAAUCGAGUUAUUGCGCGAAAGUUAGAGCGGAAGCAAAAAAAAGGUUGAAGGGGGAGGGGGAGGGGAGAAGAGGAAACGCUUGCCGGCAAACCCCACGAUUCUGAAAAACGCCCCUUGAUAUUUCACGGUUCGGUUAAUUUGUAAAUUGACAGCUCGUCAAAAUAGAAACAUAACGAACAGAUUACCCCUGGAUUACCAGAUUUGUAAAAUUACUUUGUUGUCUGAUAGAACACGUUGCAGGCGAUUGCAAGAACUGUAAUAAAAAAGAUUUACGAUAAAAGAAAGUUAAAACUCUGAGCGAUUGCUGCGGAAUUUCUUGUUUUUUAUUGUGUGGCUUUAUCUCGUCUGAAACCUUGUCGACACGUCAAAAAUGAUUUGUCCGGAACAAUUCACUCCGCCGGAUAUAAGUUUUGCAGAGCGGCUGCUAGCCUGUGUCGAAACGUUCUACAAUAGAUGCCGCUAAAUUUCCAAUAAACAAAAAGAAUCUUUUCAUUUCAAAAAGCUGACAAAUCGCUUAUCCAUGGCAGCUUUAGCUAGUGUCGAGUACCGAUGUUCUGAUAUGUUGAUGUUAUCUCCAACAAACAGUCCAUUUUUGCCAGUCAGAUCUGCACGCCACCAUUGUCAAUAAAUUGGCCUUCCCUAGUCUCCACUGCUCCAUCCCCAAUUAUACUUUGACGACUCUGAUCUCAUAAACCUUCGCACAAACACGAUUCCAAUAAAUAUCAGUCCCAAGCAUUUGUACUCUGCGACCACAAAUCAGAUGAGACCAGAUCUGUGACGCACGAAAACAAAGCAUACGUGUUUGAUUGAUGUUUCGAAUGCUAAGUAAUCAACACUACUCGCACCGCGCCAAUCAGAAGCUGCGUUCGUGGGCGAACGCAGUUUUUCAAAAUCGUGGGGUUUGCGGGCAAGCGGUUCCUUCGUUCCCCUCCCCCUCCCCCGUCAUUCAUGUUUUUUUGCUCUUGUCCCAGCUUUCUAGACGAACCUCGCGAGGAAACGUUUGCUACGCAGGCUACAAGAGGCAGAAAUUAAUACAGAUUGCGGACCGCAGCAAGGACUGUUGGUUGUUUGUUCAAGAAUAUGAGUCAGACGACCUCGCCUCAAACUCCGAAGACGAGAAACACUUCAAGAAAGCGAAAAAUGCAGCGGAAAAGAAGAGGAAGAAUCCUAAAAGGUCAAAGUUGGUUUCUUCGAAAAGUUUCAAGUCUGACGAUGAUAAACAGCUUUUUCGAGGUAAUAUUUUUCUUUUAUCUGCUUUACUCUGUUAUUUCUCACGUGGUUGGAAUGCCUGAGCAUCCAAGCAUCAAAUAGUGUUGGUUGUUUUGUACGAGUUACAUGUAAGAGGAAAAUAAUUUACGUUCGUUUGAGCGAAGCGAAUUAGAACGAAAAUGUAUUUUCCGCUGGUAUGUUGCAAUUCUCUACAGGGCUUUCUGCCACCUUCUGAUUGAUUCCUCUACACCAUAAAUUCGUCCGCGUAGAAUGCGUUCUUUCUCUCUCUCUCGCAUUCCUCUUUCCUGCCUGUAAACGUUCGUUUUUGCGUCCUCCCGCCCUGUUAAUUUUGUUUCAGAAUAAUUCGCAUUUUGUUUUUUUCUUGUAGGCCGCGCAGAAUUUGGUGCAUACCGUUCCAACAUCAGAUGUUUCAGGUGUCAACGUCUUGGGCACUAGGCGAAGGAUUCUCGAGCCACACGGCCGGUCUACCAGUCAGCAAACCGCAGCGGCUUCUCUUAUUCGAGCGAUGCCAACCUUACUAAUAGAUCAGCAGCUAAGUGAUGAUUUAAGCGAUUACCCUAUUCCUAAAGACAUCUUACAGGUACCUUUUGAAUUUGAGUCAAGUCUAUCGGAUUCUCUUCGGGUUAAAGGGAAUCUUAAAUAUAAGAUUCAAUUUUGGCACCACAUCGGCGCCCCGAGUCCAAUUUUGUCUAUUGUAAGAGACGGAUACACGAUCCCUUUCGAACAUUAUCCUCCGGGAAUUUUUCUCAGAAACCAAAGGUAUUCAUUAACACAUGCAGCCUUUGUUGCGGAUGCAAUUUCGAACUUACUUCAAUCUCAUCGCGUUGUGGAACUUUCAUCACCCCCUUGCGUUGUCAACGCGUUGUCUGUCUCAGUACAAGCAAACGGUAAGAAGCGACAUAUACUAGAUCUAAGGCAUGUUGAUCAGUAUUUACAAAAACAUAGGGUCAAGUACCAAGACUGGAAAGUGGCUUUAUCGUAUUUUCAAAAAGGCUCCUACAUGAUUUCGUUUGAUCUUAAAAGCGGUUAUCCCCAUAUUGACACUCGUGCUGAUUACCAACAAUUCCUCGGUUUCGCCGGGAAAUGGUCUGACGAGCCUUCCUUCAGGUUUUUCGCUUUUACAGUGCUGCCUUUCGGAUUGGCCUCGGCUCCCCAUGUUUUCAUCAAAUGCCUGAGGCUUAUAGAAAAGUAUUUCAGAUUCCAAGGGGUCAGGAUAGCUUUAUUCGUAGACGACGGUUGGUUUAUUGAGAACAGUCUUAACGCAGGUCGAAUUUUAUCUUGCAAGAUAAAAAAGGAUUUGUACAAGCUGGACUUGUCACAAAUGAUGAAAAAUCUAUUUGGCAACCUUCUCAAUCCAUCGAAUGGCUUGGGAUAAUUUGGAACUCUGUUCAUGGCAACAUUCAUAUCACUGGUAGAAGUUCAUCUAGUAUCGAAGCCAGCAUAGUCAGCUUUGUUAACCAAACCUUUGUUGUUUCCGCCAGAGAAUUGCCGUCCUUCACAGGAAAAAUCCUUUCCGCCGGUGCUGUUUUCGGUAACAUUUCUAGAAUCAUGACGAGACAUUGCGCGAUUUCAGUUGUAGCUGCGGCCGAUUGGGACACCAAAUUUGCUUUAGACAAUUACUGUGUCGGAGAGAUUCAAUUUUGGAAAAGUAAUUUGUAUCGACUAAACACGAAGAAUAUUGAUCUCCCACCUAUUACUUCCAAUUAUGCGAUUUAUUCGGAUGUAGUGCCACUGGUUGCGGCGCCCACAUAG